AUCUGCCAGGUGUGGUGGCUCAUGCCUGUAAUCCCAGCACUUUGAGAAGCCGAGGAGGGAGGAUUGUUUGAGCCCCGGAGUCUGAAACUGCAGUGAGCUAUGAUCGCACUACUACAUUUUAGCCUGGGCAACAGAGUGAGACCCCCAUCUCUAAAAAAAUAAAACAGUCUCCAGCCUGUGUGCUAUGCAAUGGUGCUCUCCUGUGGGUGAGUCUUGGCAGGCAGGCAGACUCAAGAUGAUUGGGGUGCCAAGUAGAAAUGCCAUUCUCUGGUGGCAGGGGGAGUCACCGACUCAGUACUCUCACCCCCACGCUUGACCACGCGUGUGUGAAAGUGUGUUUUCCGGGAGGCAGCUGAGUGCAACAAAGAGGCCAGAGGCUGGUGAAUAAUUUAUCAGGACAGCUGAUAGUACCUCCCCAGAACUGCCCUCCAGCCCCCAGCCCCCCUCUCUGGUGUGCCUCCCGCCUCCCUGGCCCAAACCUGCUGGACCAGCUCUCCCGGUGCGGUGCCCGCCCGCAGCACCCCCCCAACUCCAGGCAGCCAAGUCACAGCCUCCGGGGCACCUUCAGGCAAGCGGGUGGUGGGUCCAGAACUCGGAGACCAGAAAGUGAACUUCUGGGCAGAGAUGGCCCUGCAGAGCCAGGUGUGGUCUCUGGCCACACCCAUGCCCAUGGCGGAGAGCUCCCUCUACCGGCAGCGGCUAGAAGUCAUCGCUGAGAAGCGGCGGCUGCAGGAGGAGAUCCGCGCCGCGCGCCGGGAGCUGGAGGAGGAGAAACUCCGCGUGGAGCGUCUCAAGAGGAAGUCUCUCCGGGAACGUUGGCUAAUGGAUGGGGCAGCUGCAGUGCCAGAGCCAUCCGAAGACUCCACCUCGAAGGACCCCCAGUCACCUGAGGGCCAAGCUCAGGCCCGAAUCCGGAACCUGGAAGACAGUUUGUUCACACUCCAGUCCCAGCUGCAACUGUUGCAAAGUGCUUCCACAGGUGCCCAGCACAAGCCCUCAGGCAGGCCCAGCUGGCGCAGACAGGGUCACCGUCCUCUCUCCCAGUCCAUUGUCGAGGCAGGUUCUGUAGGCCAGACUGAUCUGAACAAGAGAGCCUCCCUGCCGGCUGGACUAGUGGGCACGCCUCCAGAGUCCCCCUCUGAGCCCAGGGAGGAUGUCUUAGGGUUUCUGCCAGGCCCCAGGCAGGUCCCUGGGGCAGCAGGAGACUCCUCAGAAGCCAAUGGCCCAUGCCCCAGCCCUAUCCCCACUCCAGAGCAGGGGCUAAGUCAGAGGGCAGUGCCAUCCGAAGGGCGGGUGGGUGAGGCCAAAGGAGGGGGCGUGGUGAGUGUGGUGUGGGAAGGGCUGAGGGCCACAGAGGACUGUGCCACAGGGGCCACGGGCCCCGAGCUGGAGGCUAAGGUGGAGGAAGUGGUGCUGGAAGCCAUCGGAGACAGGAAGGGAGCUGGUAGCCUGGAGCUCCCGGCCUGGGUGAAGGAGGACAGGGGCAUCGUGGAGGUGGUCUGGGAGGGGGUGGGUGGCAGCAAUGCAGAGGCCAUGGGGGAGAUAGGCAGGGUCUCUGAGGUCGUGCAGACUAGCUCGCCUAGGCUCCAGGAGAGAUUAGAGGCAGCAGCUUCCAUAGAAGGGGAAGAUGUGCCGCAGGGCAGCCCUGAGGGUGAUGGGCAGGGAGGCUCUGGAGGAGAGGAGGGAUCCUUCAUUUGGGUGGAGAGAGUGACCCUCAGUGAAGAGUGGGAGGAGCUGCUGGUGGAGGGGUUGGAAGGGCCCGAGGUGGCAGGGAGGGAGAGAGGAGAUGAAAGCCUGCUGGGGGCCAAGGGGGCCGAGAUGGGAGGAGGCAAGGAGACCUGGGAGGCAGAGAAGAGAAAAGCAGAAGAAUCCAUGGGAAUAGGAAGUGAGGAAAAGCCAGGGACAGGGAGGGAUGAAGCGGAGAUGUCACCAGUGGUAGAGAGGAAAGGAGGAGAGAAGGAGUUGGAGCUGGAGAGCAGAGGAAGUGCAGAAAAGCUGGGAACAGAGAGGGAAGGAGUUGAGGAACCACUGGGCAUAGAGAGAAAAGUUGAGGGACAUUUGAGGGCAGAGAAGGAAGGAGAUGAGGAAAAGCGAGGGGCAGAGGAGGAGGAGGUAGAAGAACCAUUGGGAGUAGAGAAGAAAGGAGGUGAGGAAGAGCCAGAGGCAACCAAAGAACCACUGGAGGCAGAGAGAAAGGGAGGGGAGGAGACACUGGAGGCAGAGAGAAAGGGAGGGGAGGAGACACUGGAGGCAGAGAGAAAGGGAGGGGAGGAGACACUGGAGGCAGAGAGAAAGGGAGGGGAGGAGACACUGGAGGCAGAGAGAAAGGGAGGGGAGGAGACACUGGAGGCAGAGAGAAAGGGAGGGGAGGAGACACUGGAGGCAGAGAGAAAGGGAGGGGAGGAGACACUGGAGGCAGAGAGAAAGGGAGGGGAGGAGACACUGGAGGCAGAGAGAAAGGGAGGGGAGGAGACACUGGAGGCAGAGAGAAAGGGAGGGGAGGAGACACUGGAGGCAGAGAGAAAGGGAGGGGAGGAUACACUGGAGGCAGAGAGAAGGGGAGGGGAGGAGACACUGGAGGCAGAGAAAAGGGGAGGUGAGGAAUCAUUGGAGACAGAGAAGACCCAAGGGACGGAGGGAGAUCUGAAUCUAGAACAACAAGGGUCCAGGGAAGGAAGUGAAUCCCAGGCAGAGGAGGUGAAUGAGGCAGGGCCUCCCCUUGAGGCUAACACGGAGACAAGGCCAGAGAAGGAAGCACCCCAGCCCCAGGAGAAGCCAGUAGGAGCCCUGGAGGAGGGAGUGAAACCCCAAACCGCUGCUGAGGGCCAAGGCCCCUUGGGGGAUGCCACACCCCUUCUGGCAGAGACCCCAGCCCCAGAGCAGCCCGCCGAAUGCCAGCCACUGCUUCAGGGGGAGGGGCCCAGCGCCAACCCCAGUGCCCACCCUGUGCCCACCUAUGCGCCUGCCCGGCAGCCUGAGCCAUCUGCCCCCACCGAGGGUGAAGAGGCAAGUGGCCCUAAGCAAAAGACGUGCCAGUGUUGUGCGGUCAUGUGAACCCAUGCUCCUCCACCCCAUGUCCAGCUCCUCUGACAGCUACCUCGGCCUCUUGGCACCCAGAAGAGGGUCCCAGGCACAGACAGGGCACCACAGGACUGGCCGUGGCACCUGGGAGCCAGCUAGCCUGCACGUCCACCUACACCUGGGCUUCCAGACCCCUUGCCCACUGCCUGUAACCCUGGCCUCCUUCUGCGAUGAAGCCUUUAUACUUGAAAAUAAAAUGUGAAAGCACUCAA